GAUCGACCUCAUUGCACCCUCACUGCUUCCGCACGACCACUGCUCGUUCGCAGCUUUCUCUGUGUCAGCGCUCGUCUUUCCGUCUAAUAGCCAUAUCGCACCAUGAGUAGCACCUCGUACAACUUCCGUCGUCGUAUCGGCCGCGCAGCGUCCCCGCCGACCUGGGCAUGCUACGAGCAGAUCAACGACUACUACCCGCAGGACGACGACGACCAGAGCGACGAGUCUGACUCGGACGACCAGCGAGAUGAGUACCGCGAUGGCGCCAGUGGGAGCAGCGACUCCGAUAUGGAGGACCACCCCGGCGGCGGUGGCGCGGCGGUCGAGGACGCCGUCGCAGCCGAGAUGGAGAUGGACAUCGACGCGCCGCGUGCUGACGAGUCCGAUUCGCGAGAUAGUACCACCUCGCACCCCCAUGUGUCCCUUGCGAAGGGGAAGCAGCGUGCAGUGGAACCUCCGACGGAGGCUGCCCCUCGCAAGCGUCACUCGCGUCCGAAACCGCGCCAGCGGGAACGGGUUUUCACGUUGCGCCCCAUUCUGACCAUCCAGCGGAGCCAAGGUUUUGUUUGGAACCAGGACCUCUUUGUUCCUCCAUACAUCAAGGAUCGAUAUGUUGCAUCCACUUCGCCGCCCUCGUCCUCGGGAUUCAUGCCGAGCUCCGUGUCCUCGACCAACUCGGCUUUGACAGAGUACGAAUCGAUUGAAGUGGUGGAGAUCCGAGUGCAGGAGGGCGAAUACGCUGGCAUCAUCCCCAGGCCGUGAGUGGACCCCGAACGCAUCUAUCGCUCAUUCGAAUGGCUCUGCAUCAUACACGUACAACUAUUAUCUCUUUGCGUCUCCGGAAUGGCUCUCUCCUUACUCUUUACGACUACGACUUUCUGCUCUGACGCUCCAUCUCUACAAACACCUGUCUCUCGUAUAUGUUCUCAGUUUAUGGAUUAACUCUCGCUCAAUGCCCAAGUCCAGCGCAGAGCCUUGA